CGGCCAGCAAGAGUACAAGGGCAUGGUGGCGUGAUGCCAUGCCUUUCUUUGAUGUGCAGAAAAGGCUGGGCCUUAACUUAGAUCAUUGGAUGACAAUCCAAAGUGCUGAGCAGCCUCACAAGAUUCCAGGUCGAUGCCAUGCUUUUGAAAAAGAAUGGAGAGAAUGUGCGCAUGGAAUCGGUGGUACCCGUGCAGAGAAAGAGUGCAAGAUAGAAUUUGAUGAUUUCAUAGAAUGUCUACUUCGGCAGAAAACGAUGAAAUGUCUGAGUGACAUCAGGAGGCAGCGAGAUAAACUAAUAAAGGAAGGGAAGUACACACCUCCACCUCACCACUUGGGCAAGGAGGAUCCUAGGCCUUGAGCGGAUCUGCUGCUGAUGGCUGGAGGCUGAUUUUCAUGU